AUGAUCGUUGGUGCCAUUAAAUUUCAGCUUAUCCUGUUCUUCGCAAUUGCAAUUCCAUCAGCAUUUUCACUAGUCUGGUUAACACCAUAUGCAACCUAUGGUUUCGAUGCCGAAUUGUUAAUGUGGGAAUACGAUAGCCCUGAUUUUAUGCCUUCUUAUGAUCGGUUGACCACUCUGGCUACCAGCAUACUUGCCACUCUCUGCUAUGUCCUUGUUCUGAUUUUUGUUCUUCGAAAGAGUUGGUCGUCAAGGAGCAAGGUUAGUGACAAUUCUCGGCGACGAGACACGCUGCUCACUUUACAAGUGGUCAUUAACGGUGGUUAUACGGUGUGUGUAUCAACCUAUUUCAUGUUCCUGAGGCCUUACUACGUGCCUUACACAGUGAUUUUCAAUGCUCUGGAUAUCGUGCUUUGUGUGCUCUGGAAUGGCAAAAGCCCGAUUAUGCAUCUGAUUUUCAAUGGGUAUAUACGUACAAAAUUUCUGGAAAAUAUUCAAAAUCAAAAAGUUGUUUCGCUGGUACCCGAUGUGACGUCAUGCUCGCAGCAUAAAACACCGAAAUCUUCCUCGUUUGUCCGGACACCUGCCAAUGAUUUAUCACCCAGACGAACGAAGGUGGCGAGCAGUAGCAGUUUGGGAUGCUCGCGGGAUGGUCAUCUAUUUAAGCAAACCUUCCUGGUUACAGCGAAAUCAUUUAUUAGCAUAAAUCGUUGA